CCCUCGCGUCGGUGACUCCAUCGGCUUUUGAUUUGGAAGAGCGCUGAUUGGCUGGAAGCGAUUCAACACACGCCGGGCCAGAGCUUUGUCUGAGUUGAAGUGAAGUUGUACAGAUUUCAGCCCGGAGUCAGCAUUCACGGGUGUUUAGUCUGCAGCCGAGCAGAGAAAGGGAGAAAGGAUCGCCCCGGAGAGCCUCGCCGCAGACCCCGGCGGCGCGCUGCCAUCGCUGGAUUCCUCUCCACCACGGCGAAGGCGCGCGGCGGGGGGACGCGCUGCCUGCCCGGAGAGGGCGCCGACCGCCGAGCUAGCGCAAGCCUUGGAAGCCGCGCCGAGAAGAGCGGGGAGUCGUGACACGGUGUGUAUGAAACAAAAGUUUGCGAGCUGUUAAUUGCUGUGCUGGAUUCUUAGGAGACGCUUUCAAGUUUCAAGUGCCAAAGAUAGCUUAGCUUUCUGGUGCCAAAGCAAGUUGGGGGGCAUUGCUUUGCUGUUAUAACUUGCUCUGUGAAGGGACUCUCAUAAACUGACCAUUGCACCAAAUGAAUACUAAAAUGCACUUUAGCUUUGUGUUUGCACUCUUGUUGGUAUCGUUCAACCUCCGUGUCCUUGGCAAGAAUUUGAAAUACAGUAUUUAUGAGGAACAGAUGAUUGGAUCAGUAUUUGCAAGACUAUCGGAGGAUGUGGCUGAUGUUUUAUCCAAGCUACCUAAUCCUUAUGCCGUUCGUUUUCGAGCCAUGCAAAGGGGAAACUCUCUUCUUGUGGUCAAUGAGAAUAACGGGGAGAUCAGCAUAGGGGCUACAAUUGACCGCGAACAACUAUGCCAGAAAAACUUGAACUGUUCCAUAGAGUUUGAUGUGAUCACCCUACCCACAGAGCAUCUGCAGCUUUUCCAUAUUGAAGUCGAAGUGCUGGAUAUUAAUGACAAUUCUCCCCAGUUUUCAAGAUCUGUCAUCCCUAUUGAGAUAUCUGAGAGUGCGGCCGUUGGAACUCGCAUUCCUCUAGACAGUGCAUUUGAUCCAGAUGUUGGGGAAAAUGCCCUCCAUACGUACUCCCUCUCUGCCAAUGACUUUUUUAAUAUCGAGGUUCGGACCAGGACUGAUGGAGCCAAGUAUGCAGAACUCAUAGUGGUCAGGGAGUUGGAUCGGGAGCUGAAGUCAAGCUAUGAGCUAAGGCUCACGGCCUCGGACAUGGGAGUGCCUCAGAGGUCUGGCUCAUCCAUACUGAAAAUCACCAUCUCAGAUUCCAAUGACAACAGCCCUGCUUUUGAGCAGCAGUCUUACCUGAUAGAACUCUUAGAAGACUCUCCGGUGGGCACUUUGCUCCUGGAGCUGAAUGCCACUGACCCAGAUGAGGGCGCUAAUGGGAAAAUCGUGUAUUCCUUUAGCAGUCAUGUGUCUCCCAAAAUUAUAGAGACUUUCAAAAUUGAUUCAGAAAGUGGACAUUUGACUCUUUUCAAGCAAGUGGAUUAUGAAAUCACCAAAUCCUAUGAGAUUGACGUCCAGGCUCAAGAUUUGGGUCCGAAUUCAAUUCCAGCUCAUUGCAAAAUUAUAAUUAAUGUUGUGGAUGUGAAUGACAAUAAACCUGAAAUUAACAUAAACCUCAUGCCCCCUGGAAAAGAAGAAAUAUCUUAUAUUUUUGAAGGGGAUCCAAUUGACACAUUUGUUGCUUUGGUCAGGGUUCAAGACAAGGAUUCUGGGUUGAAUGGAGAAAUUGUUUGUAAACUUCAUGGUCAUGGUCACUUUAAACUUCAAAAGACUUAUGAAAACAAUUAUUUAAUCUUGACCAAUGCCACGCUGGAUAGAGAAAAGAGAUCUGAAUACAGUUUGACUGUGAUUGCUGAGGACAAAGGGACACCUAGUCUUUCUACAGUCAAACAUUUUACUGUUCAAAUCAAUGAUAUAAAUGACAAUCCACCCCACUUCCAGAGAAGUCGGUAUGAAUUUGUGAUCUCGGAGAAUAACUCGCCAGGGGCAUAUAUCACCACUGUUACAGCCACAGAUCCUGAUCUUGGGGAAAAUGGGCAAGUGACAUACACCAUUCUGGAGAGUUUUAUCUUGGGAAAUUCCAUAACUACCUAUGUAACUAUUGACCCAUCAAAUGGAGCCAUCUAUGCCCUCAGGAUCUUCGACCAUGAGGAAGUGAGUCAGAUCACUUUCGUGGUUGAAGCAAGAGAUGGAGGAAGUCCGAAGCAACUUGUAAGCAAUACCACUGUUGUGCUCACCAUCAUUGAUGAAAAUGACAACGUCCCUAUGGUUAUAGGACCUGCACUGCGCAAUAAUACUGCAGAAAUCUCCAUCCCCAAAGGAGCUGAAAGUGGCUUUCAUGUCACAAGAAUAAGGGCGAUCGACAGAGACUCUGGUGUGAAUGCUGAGCUCAGCUGCUCUAUAGUAUCAGGUAAUGAGGAGACUAUGUUUGUAAUUGAUCCCCGAUCAUGUGACAUCUACACCAAUGUGAGCAUGGAUUCUGUUCCCUACACAGAAUGGGAGCUCUCGGUUAUCAUCCAGGACAAAGGCAAUCCUCAGCUGCACACCAAAGUCCUUCUGAAGUGCAUGAUCUUUGAAUAUGCAGAGUCAGUUACAAGUACAGCAAUGACCUCAGUAAGCCAGGCAUCCUUGGAUGUCUCCAUGAUUAUCAUUAUUUCCUUAGGAGCCAUUUGUGCAGUGUUGUUGGUUAUUAUGGUACUAUUUGCAACAAGGUGUAACAGAGAAAAGAAAGACACCAGAUCCUACAACUGCAGAGUGGCUGAAUCAACUUACCAGCACCACCCAAAAAGACCAUCCAGGCAGAUUCACAAAGGGGACAUCACACUGGUGCCUACCAUCAAUGGCACUCUGCCCAUCAGGUCACAUCACAGAUCGUCUCCAUCUUCAUCUCCUACCUUAGAAAGAGGGCAGAUGGGCAGCCGGCAGAGUCACAAGAGUCACCAGUCGCUCAACAGUUUGGUGACAAUCUCAUCGAACCACGUGCCAGAGAAUUUCUCACUAGAACUCACCCAUGCCACUCCUGCUGUUGAGCAGGUUUCCCAGCUUCUCUCAAUGCUUCACCAGGGGCAGUAUCAGCCAAGGCCAAGUUUUCGAGGAAACAAAUAUUCCAGGAGCUAUAGGUAUGCCCUUCAAGACAUGGACAAAUUUAGCUUGAAGGACAGUGGCCGUGGUGACAGUGAAGCGGGAGACAGUGAUUAUGAUUUGGGGCGAGAUUCUCCAAUAGACAGGCUACUGGGCGAAGGAUUCAGUGACCUGUUCCUUACAGAUGGAAGAAUUCCUGCAGCCAUGAGGUUGUGCACGGAGGAGUGCAGAGUCCUGGGGCACUCGGACCAGUGCUGGAUGCCGCCGCUGCCCUCGCCGUCCUCUGACUACCGGAGCAACAUGUUCAUCCCGGGCGAGGAGUUCCCCGCACAGCCCCCGCAGCAGCCGGCGCACCCGAGCCUCGACGACGACGCGCCGCCUGCAGAGUGCGGGGAGAAGAAGAAGAGCUUCUCCACGUUCGGCAAGGACGCGCCGGCCGACGAGGACAGCGGGGACACCGGCACAUCCUCGCUGCUCUCGGAAAUGAACAGCGUGUUCCAGCGCCUGCUGCCGCCUUCCCUGGACACCUACGCUGAGUGCGGCGACGCCGAGCGGGCCAACUCCCUGGAGCGCCGCAAGGGACCGCUGCCGGCCAAGACGGGCGGCUACCCGCAGGGCGUGGCGGCCUGGGCGGCCAGCACGCAUUUCCAAAACCCCACCAGCAACUCGGCGCCCGCGCUGGGCGCGCACUCCAGUGUGCAGCCCUCUUCCAAGUGGCUGCCGGCCAUGGAGGAGAUCCCGGAGAACUACGAGGAAGAUGACUUUGACAAUGUGCUCAACCACCUCAACGACGGGAAGCACGAACUCAUGGACGCCAGCGAGCUGGUGGCGGAGAUCAACAAACUGCUGCAGGACGUGCGCCAGAGCUAGGAGACUGCAGCUGGGCGGCUUGGUUUCCCCUCUCUGUGGACAUGGGGAGACAGGAACACCCCGGGAAGAACUGGCGUUGCCAAAUCGUUGCAUUUAUCAUAAAUGUGUCUGUGUAUAUUGAAUAUGAAAUACCGUAUUUUCGUAUGUACACAAUGCAAGUGUGAUUAUUUUAAUCUGUAUUUUAAAAAUACAUUUGUACCUUAUAUUUAUGUGUAAUUUAACAAACAAAUUUUAUUUUUUUACUCCCAUGACAAACAUGUCUUUCCUAAUCAUGUAGAAACUAGCCACUGCUCAGAUCAUCUGUUCACCCACCAAGCAUAAUGGCACUGCUUAGAUUAGUGAGGUUGGGGAAGAAUUAGGAGGCAGUGUGGUAGGAACAACCCCACGAAAGCAUUAUGUGAGUCUGAGUUCCAUUAUGUGGUCCUGCUUCUUUUUCAAUGCUUUUUAAAAAACGAAGUGUUAUUAAAAUUGUUCAAAGCUUUUGUUGUUAUUAUUAUUUUUUUUUCACUGCUCUGUGCUAGCUCUGAUAGUUCAGUUCUUGCAGUACCGUCGACCAAUGCAGUGAAAUUUUGUUUCAGGCCUGGGAAGCAUCUGGAAGCAUAUUUGUGAAAUGCCUCUCAAAUGAGUUCUUCCCAGACCAUGGUGAACACAGGAGCAAAGUCCCGGUUUCCUGACUCCCAGGUCCCUACUAUUCCGUGGCAGCACACUGGCUUGUUCUUCAGAACACUUCUCCUACACUAUGAUUGUCUACUUAUAAUUAAGCAAACGAUGAAUUUCAUUCCGGGUUUGUGAUAAGAGAGGGAACCUGAGGAAAUGGCAUUUGUCCCUUACAUAGGUAGCAGUGUAUAUCCCAACAGCAGGAGGGAUUACUGGACAAAGACAGUCACACUCGUGUCCCUGCUGGGGUAGCAAAUGGAAACUGAUUUGUUCUGAUUCUAUUCUAGUUGAAUUUCCCCCCUUUCCUCUCACAAAACUUGAACAUUUUUAUCUUUUGCAAUGUUAUUUUUUUUUGCUAUGAUUAAUUUAGGUUUUGUCUCCAAUGCAUGAUGUCAUAUUUUUGCUUGUAUUUUUAGUAUAUGAACAUUUAUAAAAUCACCUUUUUUUGCUACAGCAAUUUUGUGACAAAUGGGAAAUUCUUUAUUUAUUGUGCUGUUAGCUCUCUGUGUGGAAUGCCUUGGUAAGAAAGAUCCUUAUUAUGACUAUUAUCAUUUAUGUCCAAGCUUCUAUUAAUAUUAUUUCUAUGAAUACACUAUCUUGAUUGUACUCUCCAGAAAAUUUUGCUGUCAAUGAAAAUAAAAAGAAAAUUAAAGUGAAGCUGAGGAGCUGUCUAUAAGUCAAAGUCCUGUUCAUAUAUAAAUGUCCAAAAGCUUUGCAUGCAACAUCUUCCUUCUGAGAGCGUGUAGGGUGUGUUAGAGAGGACCUUCAGCUGAUCAGACAAACAAGGCAACCACAGUGUGAGGAAUGAGUUUGAGACCUACCUGUAGUGUGGGUAAGAAGAAUUGACUGUGUUCUAACUAGAUUGAACAAUUUAAUGCACGUGGAGUGUCAAGAAAAAUAAAUAAAUAAUAGCUGCUAGGAAAUUUCUCAGAUUACAAAUGAUACUUUCAUGGAACAUUUUGUAUUAAAUUUUGAAGGAAAAAAAAAUGAUUUCCUGAUAAUGUUUCCAAGAUGGGAAAAUAUUCUCAUCCUUGGAUUACUAGUGCAGCACUGAAAUACUAGGAACAUUCAGUAAGCCAAAACAUGGCUAAAAAUCAGAUAUUUGACUUCUCAGAUGAGAACUCUCUUUCAAAAAGCACAUUUUCCUUUAAAGGAAAGAUUGCAAUUACAAGUGAAAUUUCAGUGUUUUCAGUAGAUUACACAUACAAAUGGUAACCACAUUUAAAUAUAUUUCUCCUUUCAACCUCACUUCCUGCCAGUGCAUAGUAUCAUUAACAAAAAAACUCCCAUAACCUCCCUGUUUUUAAUUUAAAGCACCAACAAUAGUUUAAGAAGCAAAGCUUCUUGAUACUUUGAUUAAUGGGAAGUAAAUAAAAUGCAAGUUUGUAUCCAACACAAAACCUUUGUACAUCCACGCCUUCUUAGCAUUGCAGGCUCCUACUGGCUGCUUCUCCAGUCUUCUCUAUUCAUUAUUGGUCCCCAUGUUCACAGCUAAGGGAACAUUAGUACAAUUUCAGGUUUUCACUCCUGUUGCCUUCACCAGUAAUAACAUUUUAGUGAAAACUGGGAUGUCUGAUGAAGACUUAGCGACCUAACUUCUCAAAUUUAUAUCUCAUCUUUAUUGAUCCCAUGCACCUCUUCAGUUUGAAACAAAAAACACGUAAAUUUUUUCUCCAUUCAUUAUUUCUUAAUGUCGCUGUCUCUACUGACUUACUUUAAAUGUUUUCCAAUGAUAAUCAUCUGUUAUGAGAAUUAGCUUCCAAAAAUGAAAUUUA